AUGGAAGACAGGAAUAAUGUCACUGUGUUUAUUCUGUUGGGACUAUCUGAAAACAAGAACAUUGAAAUCUUCUGCUUUGUGUUGUUUUUAUUUUGCUACAGUGCUAUUUGGGUGGGAAAUUUGCUCAUAAUGAUUUCUAUCACAUUCUGUCCACUAACUGAUCAACCCAUGUAUUUCUUCCUCAAUUACCUCUCACUCUCUGACCUUUGCUAUACAUCAACAGUGAUGCCCAAACUGAUGACUGAUUUACUGGCAAAAAGGAAGAGCAUUUCAUAUAAUAAGUGCAUGGCACAGCUGUUCAUCCUUCACUUCCUGGGAGGCAUUGAGAUCUUUAUUCUCACGGGGAUGGCCUAUGACCGCUACGUGGCCAUCUGCAAGCCCCUACAUUACACCAUCAUCAUGAACAGACAGAGGUGUAACAGGAUCCUCAUAGCUUGUUGUGCUGGGGGAUUUAUUCAUUCUGCCAGUCAGUUCCUUCUCACCAUCUUUUUACCGUUCUGUGGCCCCAAUGUGAUAGAUCACUAUUUCUGCGAUGUGUAUCCUUUGCUGAAAUUAGCUUGCACCGACACAUACAGAAUUGGUCUCCUGGUCAUUGUCAAUUCAGGUCUGAUUGCUUUGGUGACUUUUGUGAUUUUGGUGGUGUCUUAUUUUCUGAUAUUAUACACCAUCAGGGCUUACCCUGCGGAAAGCCGUACCAAAGCUCUUUCCACUUGCAGUUCUCACCUCACAGUUGUGGUCUUCUUCUUUGUACCUGUGCUCUUCAUUUACAUCAGACCAGCUACAACUUUUCCAGAAGAUAAAGUGUUUGCUCUUUUCUACACCAUCAUUGCUCCCAUGUUUAACCCUCUAAUCUACACACUCAGAAACAUGGAGAUGAAGAAUGCUUUGAGGAAAGUGUGGUGUCAGAAACUCUUUUUGAUUGGAAGUUGGGAAAAAAUUUUCUGCUUUGUGUUGUUUUUAUUUUGCUACAGUGCUAUUUGGGUGGGAAAUUUGCUCAUAAUGAUUUCUAUCACAUUCUGUCCACUAACUGAUCAACCCAUGUAUUUCUUCCUCAAUUACCUCUCACUCUCUGACCUUUGCUAUACAUCAACAGUGAUGCCCAAACUGAUGACUGAUUUACUGGCAAAAAGGAAGAGCAUUUCAUAUAAUAAGUGCAUGGCACAGCUGUUCAUCCUUCACUUCCUGGGAGGCAUUGAGAUCUUUAUUCUCACGGGGAUGGCCUAUGACCGCUACGUGGCCAUCUGCAAGCCCCUACAUUACACCAUCAUCAUGAACAGACAGAGGUGUAACAGGAUCCUCAUAGCUUGUUGUGCUGGGGGAUUUAUUCAUUCUGCCAGUCAGUUCCUUCUCACCAUCUUUUUACCGUUCUGUGGCCCCAAUGUGAUAGAUCACUAUUUCUGCGAUGUGUAUCCUUUGCUGAAAUUAGCUUGCACCGACACAUACAGAAUUGGUCUCCUGGUCAUUGUCAAUUCAGGUCUGAUUGCUUUGGUGACUUUUGUGAUUUUGGUGGUGUCUUAUUUUCUGAUAUUAUACACCAUCAGGGCUUACCCUGCAGAAAGCCGUACCAAAGCUCUUUCCACUUGCAGUUCUCACCUCACAGUUGUGGUCUUCUUCUUUGUACCUGCCCUCUUCAUUUACAUCAGACCAGCUACAACUUUUCCAGAAGAUAAAGUGUUUGCUCUUUUCUACACCAUCAUUGCUCCCAUGUUUAACCCUCUAAUCUACACACUCAGAAACAUGGAGAUGAAGAAUGCUUUGAGGAAAGUGUGGUGUCAGAAACUCUUUUUGAUUGGAAGGCAAAUCAACUGA